GAGAGAGAGAGAGAGAGAGAGAGAGAGAGACAGGGAGAGAGUGUGUAUGUGUGUGUGGAGAGAAAGCGAGAGAGUGCACUUCACGUUGGCGCAGGCACCGGUCCGGGAGAACGGAGCGUUGUGCACGGCGGCAGCAUGGCUUCGUCUCACGGGAGAAGCGACAUGCGGUUUGCAGACUGGAUGGCAAGUUUACCGCAGAGUAUGCACACUAUUCCGCUCACCAACCUGGCUAUUCCCGGUUCUCAUGAUUCCUUCAGUUUCUACAUCGAUGAGGCAUCUCCAGUGGGCCCCGAGCAGCCAGAGACGGUGCAGAACUUUGUUUCUGUUUUUGGCACGGUUGCCAAGAAGCUAAUGAGGAAGUGGUUAGCAACACAGACUAUGAACUUCAUCAGUCAACUGGAGGCUGGGAUUCGCUUCUUUGACCUGCGCAUCUCCACCAAGCCCCGUGACCCCGACAACGAGCUGUUCUUCGCCCAUGGGCUCUUCAGUGCCACGGUGAGAGAAGGUCUAGAGCAGAUCAGCAGUUUCCUGUCAGCUCAUGCCAGAGAGGUCGUGUUCCUGGACUUCAACCACUUCUACGGCGUGCAGAACCUGCACCAUGAAAAACUGGUGGCCAUGUUAAAAGAGGUGUUUGGAGAGAAACUCUGUCCAGUCGUCUUCGCUCAAGAGGUGACUCUGCAGUAUCUGUGGGAGAAGGAAUACCAGGUGCUUGUCUUCUACCACCACCCCAUGGCCCUGGAGGUGCCCUUCCUGUGGCCAGGCCAGAUGAUGCCCUCUCCCUGGGCCAACACCACAGACCCAGAGAAGCUGGUUCAGUUUCUCCAGGCGUCUGUCACUGACCGCAGGAGGAAGGGGACCUUCUUUGUCUCCCAGGUGGUUCUGACACCUAAGGCCAGCACUGUGAUGAAGGGCGUGGCCAGCGGACUGAGAGAGACAAUCACAGAAAGGGCCUUACCAGGCAUGAUGCAGUGGAUCCGAUCGCAGAGACCCGGGGAGAGCGGCAUCAACAUUAUCACAGCUGACUUUGUGGAGCUCGGAGAAUUCAUCAGCGCCGUCAUCACCCUCAACUAUCACCUGGAUGACGAUGAAGAUGAUGCCACCUGAGAGCCUGCAGGGGGCAUCAGGGAGCACAGUCACCACUAGUGGUUUGGUCUGUGUGCUCACUCUUUUCUCUUUGGCAUUUAUUUCAGGAGGGGGGGGGCUGCACUGCUCCUUUCACUUUAUUUAGGGCUAUAGUGAAUUGAGAGAUCAAAUGGCAAAAAGGGGGUUGAAGGAAGAGAAGUUUUGAUUGGGAGAAACAACCCUGGUGUUUGUUUAGAGCAUGAAGAGAAUGAGGUUUUGUUUGUUUCCCAUUUGGGGAAUCAAAAUAGAUUUUUCAAGUGAGAUGUUAAUUUUCUUUACUUCCUGUGCUGUAAAAAGAAUUGCUUUUUUCACUGAUCAGAUGCACCAUUUUCCGGCUUACCACUUCGCCAAGGGUAGAUUCCUCAGAACACAUCAACUUUCGGCUAAAUGUAUCAUCAUUCUUGAUAUUCUAGUGACAGUGACAGUUUUUUCAGAGGGUGUUUUAAAAUAAGUCUGUGUAAAUUAAACCACUCAAAUUGUAGGCUGGUGUACGUAGCUAUCAGUUGUUUGUUUUGUUUGGAAAAUCUGUCCAAUCUUGUCUAACAAUAUGCACCCCUGGUCAGAUCUCUGCGGGUGUUUCUGAAAAACCACCUCGAGCAGCUUGAACGCAGAUUGUGUUUAAAAAGUGUUAUUACAAUGUGUUUACUCAACACAUAGACAAUAAUUUAACCAUUUGUUUCUUCAGCAGUAAUCUCUCAAGGGGCUUUCUCCCACUAAUAGUCUCCACUGAAGUCAGCUAGCAGUCUAGACAUUCAUCAAACACCUUUAUGCAUUGGUAAACUAUAGAUUCACUCAUUCAAAACCACAGAGAAAUAGAGAGCAAGAGUGCAGCUUGGCUAGCCAAGAAAAGUGUUGUACCAAUGCCAUGUGUACUUUAUCUUUGGUGCAUCUAAACGAAACAAUCAUAUUCACGUUGUCAGUGUGUUUCAAUUCCCAGACAAGCAUCAGCUGUUUCUGUAAGGUAUCUUACAAAAAUUAUUUGUUUAGGACCGCUAGAAAUGCAAUCAAUGAUAAUAGUUAUUUCUAAUGGUUGGGAAUCCAACGUGACAAAUUUAUUAGCUUUUGUGGUGGGUGCAGAGUCGUGAUAGCCAAGUAUAAAAAUACACUACAUCUGGGUACAAGAGUGUAUCCACGUCUGUGUUUCCUCUGCUGAAUGCACCUUGUGUGCGCGUCUAUACUUGCUGCUGUAGUGCAGUAUACAUGAGUCAUCAUGACAUGUAUCAUGGUGUUGUGUCUUUCAUAAUAACAAGUGAUAAAGUUGCUUAACACUCUCUCAGAGACCCAUUUUAUUUCAAGUCAGAAAAGGGUGAUCAUCCUAAUUUGGAGUAUGGAGGUCUUGAUGUGACAGCAGUGCUUUGACACUUGGAAAAUAAUACAAUAAAUGUUUAGUUAAGAUCUAGCUGUAGCUCUUUGGUGUCUACUUUAUUAGGUGUUUCAUGUUUCUGAAUCCCUGGAUUUCUGCUAUACGAAUACUGGUGCAAUACAUUUAGAUACUUUCAAUUUUCAUUUACGUUUAACACAUUUCUUUCUAUACCCUGCAAUGUUUGAUUUAGUGUGGAAAAGUAAUUUAAAAUGGCAACCAGAAAGAUAAUGGAAUUAUUUUUAUUGCAAGGUUGUACGCAUUAUGCAUGAAAAAAAAAAAUCGCAUACUACAACAUCCACACACCUUGUGAUCAGUGUGGCAUUUUCUGCAGAGAAUGUAUUCUGUAAGGACAUUGUUGUCUAGUUUGGUAAUGUAAAACCAAAACAGGAAAUUCAACUCUUUGGAUUUGUGAAUGUAUGUGUCUUGUGAGUAACUGUGCCAUUUCUAAAAGUCUCAUGUGAUCGAGUGACUGAGUAUCAACCAGAAAGUCAUUUUUGUAUCGUAUGCUUCAAUGUGGAAAUGAGUUCAAGUUUUAGAGUUUAACCAGUACUUCUUUCACUUCAGUGUGGUUUCAUGUUAAAAUGUUUUAUAUUGUGGAAAGUUUGUACAUACUGUUAUUGCAAAUAGUAUACUGCCGAUGAAUUGUAAAUUAUUUAAAUAUUGCAAAGAGUCAUUGAUAACAAUUUCUUAACUUAUACCUUAACUGAGCUAUCAUACUGCUUCUUGUUUUUCAUAUUUUCAGUUUUGUGCAUGAACCAAAAUGUUCUACAUAUAUACCUUUUGUUGUACACCAACAAGGUCUGUUAGGUUUGUGCAUAACUUCGGUUAUAUUCUGCAUAUUGUUGUUAAUAGCAUGAGUGCAUCUCAGCUGGAAAUGUUUUUACCCUUUAAAAAAAAUCUCCAUAUUAAUUUUUUUUUUAAAUGUUGCAUUGCUACUACUCCAUACAGAUUAAGAAUGAGCCCACACAAAUAAGCAGACUUUAAAAGGCUAGCAAAUUGUGUUGUAAGGACAUUUGUGUCUGUCCUGGUCCAAACUGUUGUCAUUGCCUUUAUGUUCUGGUGUGAAAAGAGUCCUUUGCUGUUGUAAAACUCAAACACUUUUCUUCAAAUGAAACUGACUCUGUUCUAAGUGGAAAACUGCCAAUCAAAUAAAGCUUCUAUGCCUAAUAAGUGA